GGAAGAGACAAAAGACCUCUAGCUUCCUCCUAAACUGCCAUCAUAACAUACACAUCGUGAGAACUGAAUAACUUAUCAGAGGACACCAGUUUUAUGUUGACAAAAGAAUAAAAAAGCAACGACAUCAGGAUGUCCAACAACAAAAAGAAAUCAACAGCAACUGCAAAAUUUUACAAUGAACCAGCGAUGGUGGAGGAAUUGCACACUGGAUACCUGCUCAAGUCCCCCGCUCAACAAAGCCUGAUGACUAAAAACAUUAAAUCAUGGAAGCGUCGUUUGUUUGUGCUCUCCAAGACGGGGGAAGACUACAAGCUAUCAUAUUAUGCAAAUGAAAGAAAAGAGAUAGAACUUUCAAAGAUCAGCCUGUUGUUUGUUGGCCCCGAGGCACAUCAGAAGUGGGAAUGGAUCCAGAAAAACUUCAAAUGUUCUCCAUCCUCUGUGCUGUUCUUGAGGGUGGAAGAUGACACACCAAAACAUACAAGGGACUACUUCCUCAUUGGAAAAAACAGUGCUGAUGUGGAUGGUUGGCUCAACGCCUUAGUCAAGGUAAUGAAGACCCAGAAAUCAAGAAAAUCCCUUCAGGACAACAGAUUUAGAUCAGCAUCUGAACCUCUAAAGAGUUCAGAAGCAGAGGCUGAGGAUGAGCCUGAUGACAGACAUUCAGCACCUGACCUAAUGCUAACUUACCCGUCACCGUCCAGCCAUUAUGACUAUCCUCGCAAGCUCAGCGAACCUCCAAUACCAGUAGCACUCAAGAUUCCAGUUACUGAGGAUGAAGAUGAUGAGGUCGAGAAGCAGGAUGAAUCUGCAGAAGACAGUGAAUACAUGAGCAUGGAAUCAUUGCAAAGAGCUUUGAAAGUUGACAAACAGGAUAUGGACACUACAUGCAGGCAGAAAAAUGAAGCGCACGCACAUGUUGAGAAGGAGAUCUGCAUUAGUCAAAAUGAUCUGAAAAACAGUCUGAUCCUGACUCAGGAAGAAGGCAAACCAUGUGUCUCUGACUGUCGGAAGAUUCAGGACUCGUGUCUCUUCCAUAAGGGGGACCAGAUCUUGGCCUUCAAUGACCUGCUUAUAGACACAGUAGAAGAGAUACAGACAUACGUAAGAAGACUAAGCAAGGAUGAGGUAAAACUCACUAUUCGGCGGCUCAUAGGAUCCCAGCCUCUGCACUCUGAACCAUGUCUAUCAUAAGGAGGACCAGAAACUAAUCUCUUGUGAAUUCAUCAAGAUAUUAAAAUAUGUCUGUAAGACAUUAAAACUAAUUCAUUCAAGUCUAAUCAUACAGGCGGAAAACAAGGUGGAAAUGAAGAACAGAAGAGCAGUCAGGUUAUCUGAAGUAACUUGUCCUCUUUUGACUGUACAUUAAUCAAGUUAAUGUGUAAAACAAUGUGAAUGUUAAAUUUAUUGACCUUAAAAUGUCACUGAAUAAAAAGAAAUUAGAUUUAGAUGGUAUAUGUACAUGAAACUAUGAGUGGUAGUGGGUUUAUUAGUUCACAUCUGUUAAUGUGAAACACGAGUCAAGUAUUACUUUAUAAGAAGUAUGAAGGUUAAUUCACGUUGAAAAAUGCACAGUGCUAAACUGUUCAUGUAUUUUAACCUCUUUAAAGAUGCACUUUUUUUAACAAUCUUAAUAGUAUGAGGUACUUUAUAUACCGUGUAUAUACAAGGAUUCUGUCAUUGUGUAUUUUGUUUUCGCAAAGCAUUUAUCCAGUGAAGUAUUGUUUCUAGUCUCUAUGCAUUGAUUCAAAUGUCUCGGUCACUCUUUGGAUUGAUGAUUGCUGGAUAACAUCUAGCCUACAUAAUGUAUAUACAUGUAUUACACUGUAGAAAAGCAUGCAUUUGCACACU